UUAAUAAUAAUAAUAAUAAUAAUAAUAAUAAUAAUAAUAAUAAUAAUAAAAACUGGGGAAUUCAAAAUACACGUAUCGAAAUGCUACAUAAACCCCUCAUCCCAGCUAAGCUUGAGCUAUACUCAACAAUCCCUUCUCUCUCUCUCUCUCUGCUAUUUCCUUCCUUCCCCAUUGCUUCUGUUUCUCCCUAGAAAAGACAACUGUACACAGCUUAGCUUAGCUUCCUUCCAUGAUGUCUACAACAAUGGCGGAAGGUCUGUCCGAGGAGCAGAUUGUUGACUUCAAAGAAGCCUUCUGCCUCUUUGACAAGGAUGGAGAUGGUUGCAUUACGAUCGAGGAGCUGGCGACGGUGAUCAGGUCGCUGGAUCAGAACCCGACGGAGGAAGAGCUUCACGACAUGAUUACGGAAGUCGACGCCGACGGCAACGGCACCAUUGAGUUCGCCGAGUUCUUGUGCCUCAUGGCCAAAAAAAUCAAGGAGACGGAUGAGGAGGAUGAACUCAAGGAGGCGUUCAAAGUGUUCGACAAGGAUCAGAAUGGAUACAUUUCCGCUACCGAGUUGAGGCAUGUCAUGAUCAACUUGGGAGAGAAGCUGACCGAUGAAGAAGUGGAACAGAUGAUCAAGGAGGCGGACUUGGACGGCGACGGUCAAGUCAACUACGAUGAAUUCGUCAAGAUGAUGUCGACCAUCGGAUGAUAUAGAUUAUCCGUUUGUUUUUCAUCGAUUACUCAUCAAAUUUGAUAAUCGGCUAGCUAGCUCGAGUUCUGUCGGUAGGUAGUGCAUAAUAUGUAUGUUGUUUAGCGUCGUUAAUUACUUGGUCUUGGCAAUGCCGGUCAUUGUAGGGAUAGACUUGCACCAAUGUGGUCAUCAGGAUGUUCAACUCAUUUAAGUAGAUUAAUAGCUAUACUUCUCCUUGAUUGAUCGAUCUCUUUGAUUUUAUUUGUUUUUUUUUUUGUCUGGCAAACAUAUAUUUGAGUUGUUCAAAAUGUUGAAUUGUAUUCUUUCAUUGUACUCCAAUAUUAUUUGCUAAAUGGUUACCUUUGUAGUGGUUUGGUUUUCUUUUAACUUUACAGGUACAUCACUGCCCUCUUUUUAUGGCGAAAUAUAUAAAGGAGAGACCUGUUAUGUAAAAAAUGUAUCAGUGAGAA